UGCGCAUUUCUUAACAGAAAGCAGACUGAAAAGGCAGAAAAGAGCAAGAUACGCGCGUAGUUUGAGCGGGAGAAGUCGUGUUGGGGGAACUUGUCAGUAUUUUUGAGUAAUCGGUAAACAGUAGUUUCGGAAGCACACAUUUUCUAAUGUUGCGUUCAAGCAGACUUAAGAAAGAGCUAGAGAUUUUGUCUUCGCAGCUUCCCGCUGGAAUUACGUGUUGCCCAAGAGACGACGCUUUGGAUCAGUACGAAGCAGUGAUUUCGGGAACCCCAGGUACACCUUACGAAGAAGGAAAAUUCAAGUUGAGCAUAAAUAUUCCAGAGAGGUAUCCAUUCGAACCGCCAAAAGCCCGAUUUGAAACCCAAAUCUACCAUCCUAAUAUCGACUCUGCUGGCCGGAUAUGUCUGAGUGUGCUACAAAUGCCCCCCAAGGGAGGAUGGAAGCCAUCACUCAACAUUAAAACAGUUCUUCUCUCCAUCCAGCUUUUGAUGAACGAACCCAACCUCGAUGAUCCUUUGAUGGUUGAUAUAGCUGAGCAGUUCAGGUUAAACAAGACACUGUUUCUGCAGCAGGCGAAGCAAUUCACAAAGAAAUAUGCAAAGGUGUAAAGCACAGUUUUAUUAUCUACUGUCAGUAGUAGAUCCAAUUUUUUAAUAUUUAUGUUCCACAUAUUGCGUACAGGAUGUGUUAAAAUGCGAGGAGUGAACUCGUCUUGAAGGUUACAUAAAUAGAUACAAUUUAUUUUACGGUGUGGCAACACCUUGUGCGUAUUUUUUACAUUUUAUUUUGUGCGUUUUAAAAUUGCCUUCAUGACCUCUCGGAAGACAGCGGGUAGGGAAGGGUGUCCCCACGGCUUCUCCAGCAUCUCAUCGAUUGCUUGAAACGUCUGAGCUAUGUAUGUGUUGUAGAGCUCCACCAGUCCCAGUUCGUCGUACAGUGCUUUGAUGGCCAGUUCGUCGGGACCUCCGGGUUUCCCACACGCAAAGUGUGCCUGAGAAAGAAAAAAAAUAAACAUCUUUCGCUUGACAGGAUACGAUGCAAGGUGACAGAGGAGACUGAAGUGCUAAAACUUUCUCCUCGAGGUAAUGAAGGAUGUCGUUAUCUUCACAGCAGUACAAAAGGACCAGGAUAGAUCCAUUGCGUCGUUUACGAAUUAAAUGUAAAACUGCAUUCCUUUUGUGUUGUUGUUAAGGUAACUGUGCGUAUUUCAUUCUGUGAGGAGAAGUUAUUGCACUUUAGUGCACACUUUUGAAAGAGCCGUGAGGAAGGGCGACGUCACGUUGACCUCUGGCGUCUGCUAGCAGAGGUGCAUGCCCCCUUUCUAGUCUCCACUCUCCUUGCAACAUUGCAAGGCUGCCAGAUGCUCCAGUGAGGCAGCUGAAAUGAUCAGUGCUGCCUGGCAGAUUGUACAUAUUGAUGUCAUCGCUCUCAAAGGCAGAUAUUAAUUUUGUGACAUGCAUCACACGGAGCAAAAAUAUUUUGCCAGAAUACAGUGAAAGGCCUGUAGAUUGCCCUGAUGUAGACGAUAAGACACAAGUUUCAGUCCGUAGAGACCUACCGUGAAUGUUUCCCGUUGACGAGCAUUCAUGAGCUGGAGAGCUUUGACCACGAGCCAACUGCACUUGCCGUCUACUAUGUCCGUACCAAUCUUUCCCACGUGCUCCGGGUUGCCGUAGAUGUCCAAGAAGUCAUCCUGGACUUGGAAGGCAUGACCUAUCUUGACAGCCACUUUCUCGGCGUCUGCAUGUUGCUGGGGGUCACUUAUACCAGCCUGGUUGGGAGAAAUAAAAAAAGGAAAGCGAACGGUUGAGGUUUAUGACCUGCAGCUCUGGGUGCCGACUUCCCCAGUUUUUUUUUAACCGCCAAGAAGAUAUGCGAGAGAAACAAAAUGCAAGCAAGCUGGUGUAGGUUAGGUGCCGGUAACAUUUCCUUGAGCCUCACAAGAUAUUUCUGUCCUUUUGCAUAUCUCUGCAGACUCUGGGAAUGCUACCAAAGACAAAAAAUAUUUGUGAUGUGUGUGUGUGUGAUGUGGUGUGGGGAUGGGCAGUAUUUAAAUACAUUGUAUUUAAAAUAUAUUUAACUACAGGCAAGAAAAAUGUAUUUAUAUUUAAAUACCAUUUUAGGCGUAUUUAUAUUUAAAAUACACAUAUCUCAUCCUCCCGUAUUUGUGGGCUUCUCCACAUUAUUAGCCUCCCGUGAUGAAGGAUAUCUUGUUAGAGGCUACAGGUCACUCAUCCCCACGUGUUCAGGGAUUUCAGUCCU